GUGGAGCGCAGAGGGGUCGAGCGCCGAACGCGGCGCAGAGUGGAUCGGGGCGCAGCGUGGAUCGGGGCACGAAAAUGGCUGUGUCCGGGGUCCUGUCCCGCCUGGCAACGGUGGCGUCGGUGGCGCUGGUGUCCCUGGUGGCGCUGGUGAUGCUAGAGGCGCGCUGCGCGGAGGGCGCGGGCAUGGGCUCCUGCUACGACGGCGCGGGGCGCGCACAGCGCUGUCUGCCUGAGUUCGAGAACGCGGCGUUCGGCCGUCGCGCCGAGGCCUCGCACACGUGCGGACGCCCUCCCGAGGACUUCUGCCCGCACGUGGGGGCUCCCGGCGCCGGGCCACAGUGCCAGCGCUGUGACGAUGCGGAUCCCCGGCUCCGCCACGACGCCUCCUACCUCACAGACUUCCACAACCCCGAUGACAGCACCUGGUGGCAGAGCCCAUCCAUGGCUUUCGGGGUGCAGUACCCCACCUCGGUUAACCUUACCCUGCGCCUAGGGAAGGCCUAUGAGAUCACCUAUGUGAGGCUGAAGUUCCACACCAGUCGCCCCGAGAGCUUUGCCAUCUACAAGCGCACGCAUCCCGGUGGACCCUGGGAGCCCUACCAGUACUACAGUGCCUCCUGCCAGAAAACCUACGGCCGUCCUGAGGGCCACUACCUGUGGCUGGGCGAGAAUGAGAGGGUGGCCUUCUGCACCUCCGAGUUCAGCGACAUCUCCCCCUUGAACGGGGGCAACGUCGCCUUCUCCACCCUGGAGGGCCGUCCCAGUGCCUACAACUUUGAGGAGAGCCCUGUGCUGCAGGAGUGGGUCACCAGCACCGAGCUCCUGAUCUCUCUGGAUCGGCUUAACACAUUCGGGGAUGACAUCUUCAAGGACCCCAGGGUGCUCCAGUCUUACUACUACGCUGUGUCUGACUUCUCUGUGGGCGGCAGGUGCAAAUGCCAUGGUCACGCCAGUGAGUGCGGCCCCGACGAGGCCGGCCAGCUGGUUUGCCGCUGCCAGCACAACACCACGGGUGCGGACUGCGAGCGUUGUCUGCCCUUCUUCCAGGACCGUCCGUGGGCCCGUGGCACCGCAGAAGACGCCAAUGAGUGUCUACCCUGCAACUGUAGUGGGCACUCUGAGGAGUGCACGUUUGACAGGGAGCUUUUUCGGAGCACGGGUCACGGUGGGCACUGUCGUCACUGCCGUGACCACACAGCCGGGCCACACUGUGAGCACUGUGAGAGGAACUAUUACAGAUGGGCCCCGAGGACACCAUGCCAACCCUGUGACUGCCACCCAGCAGGCUCCCUGAGUCUCCAGUGUGAUGACUCGGGCACCUGCACCUGCAAGCCCACGGUGACAGGUUGGAAGUGUGACCGUUGUCGGCCUGGGUUCCACUCCCUCAGCGAGGGCGGCUGCAGACCCUGUGCCUGCAAUGAUGCUGGCAGCUUGGGCACCUGUGACCCCCACAGUGGGAAUUGUCCCUGCAAAAAGAAUGUUGAAGGCAGCCUAUGUGACAGAUGCCGCCCCGGGACAUUUAACCUGCAGCCCCACAACCCUGCAGGCUGCAGCAGCUGCUUCUGUUAUGGCCACUCCAAGGUGUGUGCCCCCGCUGCCGGAUUCCAGGCACACCCCAUCCUCUCAGACUUCCGCCAUGGAGCUGGUGGCUGGCAGGCCAGAAGCAUGGGAGCAUCAGAGCGUCCUCUGCAGUGGAAUCAGAGUGGGAUCCUCCUGGGCCUGCAAGGAGGGGAGGGACUCUCAGCACCAGAGAAGUUCCUGGGAGACCAGAGGCUCAGCUAUGGACAGCCAGUCAUACUGACCCUCCAAGUUCCACCCGGGGGCUCCCCACCUGCUGUGCACCUGAGACUGGAGGGGGCAGGCUUGGCUCUGGCUCUGAGGCCCUCCAGUCCACCCAGUCCUCAGGACACCAGGCAGCCAGGACAGGUUCAGCUCUGGUUCCUCCUGCAGGAGACCUCUGAGGAGGCAGGGUCCACACUGCCUGCCUUCCACUUCCAGCGGCUGCUCGCCAAUCUGACUGCUCUGAGCAUCUGGACCAGGGGCCAGAGCCUGGGCCAUGCUGGUCAAGUGUUCCUGUGUGAAGUCCGGCUCAUGUCCGCCCGGCCCCAGACAGGGCUUGCCCCACCAGCCUCUUGGGUGGAGACUUGCUUGUGUCCCCAGGGAUACGCAGGCCAGUUCUGUGAAUUCUGUGCUCAGGGAUACAAAAGAGAGCUACCUCGUGGGGGUCCCUACACCAACUGCAUCCCCUGCACCUGCAACCAGCAUGGUACCUGUGAUCCCAACACAGGGAUCUGCCUGUGUGGCCACCACACCGAGGGGCCAUCCUGUGAGCGCUGUAUGCCAGGUUUCUACGGCAAUGCCUUCUCAGGCCAUGCUGGUGACUGCCAGCCCUGUCCAUGCCCUGGCCAGUCAGCCUGCACAACCAUCCCAGAGAGUGGAGAGGUGGUGUGCACACACUGUCCCCCUGGUCAGAGAGGACGGCGCUGUGAGAGCUGUGAAGAUGGCUUUUUUGGGGACCCUCUAGGACUCUCUGGAGCCCCCCAACCCUGCCGCCGGUGCCAAUGCAGCGGGAACGUGGAUCCCAAUGCUGUCGGCAACUGUGACCCCCAGACCGGCCACUGCUUGCGCUGCCUGUACAACACCACAGGGACCCACUGCGAGCGCUGUCAGGAUGGCUUCUACGGGAGCGCCUCGGCCGCCAGGCCUGAGGACAAGUGUGCUCCUUGCAGCUGUGACCUGAGGGGCUCAGUCAGUGAGAAGAUGCCCUGCAACUCAGUGACCGGCCAGUGUGCCUGCCUACCUCACGUCACCGGGAGAGACUGCAGCCACUGCAGUCCUGGAUUCUAUGAUCUCCAGUCUGGGAGGGGCUGCCAGAGCUGCAAAUGCCACCCGCUCGGCUCCUUGGAAAAUAAGUGUCACCCCAAGACUGGGCAGUGCCCCUGCCGACCUGGUGUCACAGGCCAGUUCUGUGACAGAUGCCAGCUGGGUUUCUUUGGCUUCUCCAUCAAGGGUUGCCGAGACUGCAGGUGCUCUCCACUGGGUGCUGCCUCGCCUCAGUGCCACGAGAACAGCACGUGUGUGUGCAGGCCCGGCUUCGUGGGCUACAAGUGUGACCACUGCCAGGACAAUUUCUUCCUCGGGGAUGGUGACACAGGGUGCCAGGAGUGUCCCACCUGCUAUGCCCUGGUGAGGGAGGAGGCAGCCAAGCUGAAGGCCAGGCUGAUGCUGAUGGAAGGGUGGCUGCAGGGGUCCGACUGUGGCAGCCCCUGGGGACCACUGGACAUUCUGCAGGGAGAAGGCCCUCGGGGGGAUGUGUACCAAGGUCACCACGUACUUCAAGAGGCCCGGGAAGCCUUCCUGGAGCAGAUAGUGGGCCUGCAAGGUGCCAUGAAGGCCACGUGGGAGCAGUUUCAGGUGCUGAGAGGGAGUGCCCGCUGUGCCCAGGCUGGAGCUCAGAAGACCUGCCUCCAGCUGACGGAGCUGGGGGAGGCAUUGCGGUCCUCAGAGGAGGAGGUCCUGCGUGCAGCCUCGGCUCUUUCAUUUCUGGUGAGUCUUCAGGAAGUAUCCAGCCCACCCACCAAUUGGAGCCAUCUGGCAUCAGAGGCCCACAUCCUUGCCAGGAGCCACAGGGACACAGCCACCGCGAUCGAAGCUGCUGCACGAAGGGCCCUGCUUGUCUCCAACACCAGCCAUGAGCGCCUGUGGGAUCUGCUGAGAGGGAGGGAGGCCUUGGCAGCCCAGCGGGAACUGGAGGACAGGUACCAGGAGGUUCAGGCAGCCCAGAAUGCCCUGGGCACAGCUGUGGCAGAGGUGCUGCCCAAAGCUGAGAAGUCACUGGCCACUGUGAAGCAAGUCAUUGGUGAUGCUGCCCCACGUCUGGUCAUGCUGGUCACCCCUGGAGCAAUGCCUCAGAACUCCCAAGCCAGGCAUCUGGACUGGAAAGUGAAGGCCCUGGAGCAGGAGCUGGCUCAGAGGGAGCGCCAGGCAGUCCAGGCUGUAGGAGCCCUGCAGGCGGAGGCUGGGGCAGCCCUGAAGAAGAUGGAGCCCUUCACGCAGCUACGCUACAAGACCACAGCUGCCCUGACACGGGCUUCCUCAGCUGUCCAGGCUGCCACGAUGACCGUCACAGGAGCCAAGACGUUGCUAGCUGACCUCGAGGGAAUGAAGCUGAGGUUUCCUCUGCCCAAGGAGCAGGCAGCGCUGAAGAGGAGGGCAGGUAGCAUCGGGGCCAGGCUCCUGGAGGACACGAAGAGGAAGACCAGGCAGGCAGAGAGGAUGCUGGGAAACGCUGCAUCUCUCUCCUCCAUCGCCAAGAAGAAAAGCAAAGAAGCAGAACUGUUGUCCAAGGACAACGCCAAGCUCACCAGAGCUUUGCUGAGGGAGGGGAAACAGAGGCACCGUCAUGCCAGCCGACUCGCCGGCCAGACCCAGGCCACACUCCGCCAGGCCUCUCGGCUAGUACUCACCUCGGAAGCGCGCAAACAGGAGCAGGAGGAGGCUAAUCAGGUGGCCUCUGGGCUGAGCACCGUGGAGCACCAGAUCCAAGAAUCUCGAGGGUCUUUGGUGAAGGACAUCAAGGUCCUGUCAGAGCUGCUUGCCAAGCUUGGGUCUGAGCCUGGAGCUCAUUGAUUUGGCAAGGCUGGCCUGAAGUUCCAGAGAUCUCUUGUCUCUCCCAUACGCAAGCACCAUGGUGUCUACACACUAAAGGAAGAAACAUAAUAAAAAUUUAAAGGAUGCAGUCCCUAAGGGAUGACACCUCAGAAAGUUAGGAUUCCAUCAGUGAAAAACCCAUCGAUGACAUCUGGGUUCCAUGAUCCAGUCUCCUCUUGAUGGUGGGAUCCAUCAGCUGGGGAGCAAGCUUUCAACCCAUGAGCAUUUUAGGAGGUGCUUUGGAUCUGUACAACAGCCCUCCUCUGCCCCCUUCUUGCCCUCAGACCCAGCUUUCUUCGCUUGGGAAGUUCAGAGGGACCUGGAAGCAUUAGAAACUACUUGAGGCUGGGUGUUGGUGGUGCAUGCCUUCAGGUGGAUCUCUAUAAGUUCAAGGCCAGCCUGGUCUACAGAGUAAGUUCCAGAACAGCCAGAGCCACACAGAGCAACCCUGUCUCAAAAAACCAACCCACCAAAGACAACAACAACAACAAAAAGAAACCACUUGGGGCUGACUUUACCUGGUCACCUCCCACCCAGUUGAGCUCCGUUUUUUUUGUUGAAUGUCACCACACUUCAUGACAAAGUGACAAGAGCACCUUGGACCCCACCCUGCAUUCCUGUGUGAGCACCGGCCCCACUCUUUGUCUCUUGGAGAGGCUCAUUCCUACUAAGUGGGAGGAAUUCACGAGGGACCAGUGUGAGAACCCCAUUGCCUGCCCCCCAGGCCCGCAGCCCUUCCCACCCCAUGUCACCCUGGGCCUGUCUAAAUUUGGACACCCGCGGUCUCCCCUGUGAGCCCACUUGACCAGCUCACAGUGGUAUCUGCAAAUGUGUGCUGACGUUUGAGCCAGCACAGAUCCUGGGACCUCUCUCCCACAGUUUUGUAAAUGAGGAAACUGGUUUUGGAGGGGAAUCACUGAGGCUUUUAAAAAUUUUUUUUUUUUUACUGGGCCAGGAAAUGGCUCAGUGGGUGAAGACACCUGCUGCCUAGCUGACGACCUGAGUUCCAGCCCUGGUCCCAUUAUAGAUGGAGAGAAUGGACUUCUAGUCAUGCCCUCAACAACAAAUAAGUAAAUAUAAGUAAGUUAUUAAGAAUAAAAGUCCCAAGCCGGGCGGUGGUGGCACACGCCUUUAAUCCCAGCACUCGGGAGGCAGAGGCAGGCAGAUCUCUGUGAGUUCGAGGCCAGCCUGGUCUACAGAGCGAGUUCCAGGACAGGCACCAAAACUACACAGAGAAACCCUGUCUCAAAAAAACAAAAACAAACAAACAAACAAAAAAGAAUAAAAACCCCAACAGCUGUGGUGGUGCAUGGCUUUAAUCCCAGCACUCGGAGGCAGAGACAGGUGAAUCUCUAUGAGUUGGAGGCUAGCCUGGUCUACAGAGUGAGUUCCAGGACAGCCAAGACUACACAGAGAAACCCUGUCUCGAAAAACCAAAAAUAAAUAAAUAAAUAAAUAAAUAAAUAAAUAAAUAAAUAAAUAAAUAAAAACCCAACCAGGUGUGGUGGUGAACACCUUUAAACCCAGCACUCAGGAGGUAGAGGCAGGAAGGCCUCUGUGAGGUCAAAGUCAGCCUGGUCUACAUAGCACAAGUUCCAUGAUUACAAAAGAAUAAAAAAUAAAUCCUUGAGACCUUGUUUAAAGAUUUUUAUUUUUAUUUUACAAAUGAGUGUUUUGCCUGCAUGUGAGUGCACCAUGUACAUGCAGUGCCCACAGAGGCCCAAGAGGGUGUGAGACCCCCUGGAACUGGAAUUACGGAUGGUUGUCAGCUACCACAUGGGUGCUGGGAACUGAACCUGGGUCCUCUGUAAGAGUAACACCUGCUCUUAACUGAUGAGCCCCUCUCCAGCCCCAGAUACUACCUCUGCAUGUGAGCUGCAUGGGAUGGACACCCAGGCCUUCACCUCCUCCUGUAUUCCCUCUCAGUCCAUUUUUUCCAGUAGGAAGUGGACAGACCAGGUUCUGGGUGUCUGACCUGGGUCUCUGGCUCCCAAG